UGGUGAAAGCAGGGUGAGACAGGAACGGCACGAUUAACCCGACCUUGUCCUCCACAAGACAACAAACCCUAAUUCCUUCAAUCAUCGUUGAAAUAAUUGUCUCCCUUCACCUACUUCUCUCUGUCUUCCCCUCGCCUUCCUUCCUUCCUUGCGCGGAUUUCUCCUACGGAUCCCCAAUUUCUCGUCGAAAUUGGUGCUUUGAAGGAACAAAUUCCAGGAUUCGGUUCGGGUUCUUCCUUUUUCUUUUUUUUACUGUUGUUGUGUGUCAAUCGGAGCUUUGAAGGGACAAUGAUGACGACGAUGAUGUCGGUGACGAUGGUUGCUUUCGGCCCUUGUUUUGCGUGAAGAUUUCUGGUUUCUUACGGAUUAAGGUCCUAUCGAUCUGUUGUUGUCGCUCGCUAAGUUGUGGGGCGGCAGCUGCGAUGACUUCUCAUGCUGGAUCCGGAGAUCUACUGUCGGAUGCCGAGAUUGGAUCGGUUUCGAGAGAAGGUUAGUGGCUUGUUGGAAGAUUUUGGUGGCGCCCGAUGUCGUUCAAGAGCAUAAUUCAGGAUAUGAGGGAUGAAUUGGGGAGCAUCUCGAGGAAGGGGUUGGAGGUGAAGCUGGGGUAUGGGCUGAGGUCAACGUCGCGGCGGACGGUGCAUGAUGCCCUCGGGCCGCCGCCGGUGGAUGCGCUGAGUCAGAGCUGCUGGGCGAACAUGCCCCCGGAACUGCUGAGGGAUGUGCUGAUGAGGAUCGAGGAGGCCGAGGGCUGGUGGCCGCAGCGGAAGGACGUGGUGGCCUGUGCUGGGGUGUGCCGGAGUUGGAGGGACACGAUGAAGGAGAUCGUGAAGACGCCUGAGGUGUCGGGCAAGCUAACCUUUCCUAUCUCCUUGAAGCAGCCGGGCCCAAGGGAUUUUCCUCUCCAAUGUUUCAUAAGGCGGAACCGAAGCACACAAACUUACCAUCUUUACCUUGGUCUUAAUGAAGAUGAUGGAAAAUUCCUGCUUGCUGCACGAAAAUGUCGGCGUCCUACAUGCACCGACUAUCUCAUCUCCCUUGGUACAGAUGAUAUGUCAAGGACGAGUGCUACAUAUAUCGGGAAACUGAGAUCUAAUUUUCUGGGAACCAAAUUCACCAUCUAUGAUGCUCAGCCACCUCAUGCUGGAGCUAUGAUAUCGAGAAGUCAUUCCACUCGCGGAGGUGGUUCUGAACAAAUCUCUCCCAAGGUUCUUGCUGGAAACUACCCUGUUGCCCACAUUGCUUAUGAGUUGAAUGUGUCGGGUUCGAGAGGUCCUCGAAGAAUGCACUGUGUCAUGGAUUCAAUACCUGCUUCUGCAAUUAAACCAGGAGGGGUGGCUCCAACUCAGAUAGAGUUUCUGCAUGCCAGCCUUGAUUCUUUUGCGUCUGUACCAUUCUUCAGAUCUAAGUCAUCACGGAUAGAAUGUUUGUCGGGAUCAUUUUCUGGCUUGAAUGAGGAAAAGUUGGUUUUGAAGAACAAAAAUCCAAGGUGGCAUGCACAGCUUCAGUGCUGGUGCCUGAAUUUCAGGGGACGGGUAACUGUCGCAUCAGUUAAGAACUUUCAGCUGGUAGCUUCUGACGAGAUUGGAUCAGUCAGCCAAGAGCAAGAGAAGGUAAUUCUCCAGUUUGGCAAGGUGGGGAAGGAUUUGUUCACGAUGGACUAUAGCUAUCCAAUAUCAGCAUUUCAGGCAUUUGCUAUCUGCCUCAGUAGCUUUGACACCAAAAUAGCUUGUGAAUAAAACCAGAGACCUGCAUUAAUCCAUUUGUUCCGUUGGUGCUUCUUCACUAGAAUUCAGCAAUGAAGUAUCUAUCAUUUGCGGCCAUGAUUACCAGUUUAAGUUGAUUAACCCAAGCUCUGCUAUGGCAGGUAAACCUCCAAAAGCCUUCCUGGUCGUGUAGCACUUGCCUCUUGUGGUUAAAAACUUGAAAGUCUUUAGAAGCUCCUACAGCAAUUCAGAUACCAGCUAACUUUUUUAUAAGGUGGUAUGAUCCUGUUGUUUUUCCUCCUAUGAGGGUACCAUUUUUCCACCUUGGUUGAAAGUAAUGUAAUUCUCCAAAAUCUAUGCUAUCACUAAGUCAGUUGCUCAA